UCAGCACAACAGCAUGUUGGGAGCAGCAAUGUGUAGUCAAAAAAGGACGUGUCGUUUCAGUGAAACUGCAAAACAGGAUUUUACGUGUGCUAAACAGAAACAAAAGCAUGGAAUGGACAGAGCCAAGUCAAGAUCCUAUAUUACCGACAAUCUGUCAUUGAUCAACCACAUUUAAUGACAAGUAAAAAAAACGCACCAAUGCCUCUACUUCUUCAGGAGACGGAGGAAAUUUGGUCUCUAAUGACUCUUACAAACUUCUACAGAUGCACCAGAGAAAGCAUACUGUCUGUGGUAUUAUAGCUUGGUUUGGAUGUAGUCCAGUCCAUCACACAGAUCAGACACCCCUCUAUUGAUUACAUUUACAGCUCACGUUGCCUCAGGAAAGCAGCUGACUUGCCAAGAUAUUUCCCAUGCUAAUCAUUCCUUCUUUUCCCGCUCCCUUCGGGCAGAAGAUACAGAAGCUUAAAAGCACGUACCAACCAGACUCAGGAACAGCUCCUUUCCCACUGUCAUCAGAGUUUUGAGCGACCUUUCCAUACAGUCCUGAUUUACAACUACAAUGUUGAUAACUAUAUCCUGCAUUCUCUAGCUUUCUCCUCACUUUGUCUUUUGUACUUGUGUUUGGCUUGAUUUUAUUCAUGUAUAGUACUAUUUGAUUUGAUUAGAAAGCACACACAAAACAGCACUUCACUGUAGCUACCUGCAUGUGACAAUAAUAAACCUAAACCCAUUAAAUCUCAUUUGGGUGAACUUGCAGAAUUUGAUGUACAAAAUAAUGCCCCCAGUCAUCUGAAAGUUCUAUAUAUGCCAGUUGAAACUAUUUUGAAGUCUGUGUAUUUACCUCUUCUGUACUUUUGACAUUUUUAUCUUCACAGAAAGUUCAACUAUCCUUAAGAAUGGCGCAAUAUGAAGGGAUUCAACUUGAGAUCACUGGCAAGGAUCGUGACACCAUGAAGAAUUACAUCCAAAGUUCACAUGAUAUUCUAGUGUCUGCACUGUAUAAUAUUGACCCCCUGCUUGACCAAAUGAUUGCAUCCCAUCUUUUGACCCAUGAGAAUUACUGUGAAAUCCGAACUGAGAAGAUUCCACCGCAAAAGGCUAGAAAGCUCCUUGAAAUUGUGCAGCUUCAAAUGAGUGACAGCGAUGUAUGGAAAUUUGUGGAAUGCCUGAAGAAAUGUAAACACCAUUACCCCCGUCUGAAAAAUUGGCUUGCAGAGGACAUUGGAAAGUUUUCAAAUGUUGCAAACAAAACACCAUUCUUCAUUUCUGUAGAGCAGCACACAUUGAAAAGCAUAGAAGGUAUCAAGCGUGGAUCAACAGAACAGAAACUACAAAAACAGGCAAGCAUAUUGUGCCAGAGACUUGGUCAUCUGAUCACCCCUAUUGCCAUGAAGUUGUUCUCCAAUGAAACAAUCUCGCAGUAUGAGUUGGAUAUUGUGCAAGGAGAGACCACACUCUACUGUCAAGCCCAGCGUUUAAUAAACAUUUGCCUGCAGAAAGGAGAGCGUUCCUGUCAAAAACUCUAUGAAGCUCUACAUGAUGAAGAUACAGUCCUGGCAGAAGACAUUGAUGAUACAGAACAGCCAGCUUCAUUAUCAUUUCACAAUUCUACUCCACAAGAGGAAACACAGCCAGCCUUUUCCUUGCUGGAAGAUUUAAGACUGAAAUGUGGAUUUGGUGAAGAGAUUCAUCUGCAACAAGUACACAAGGAGCUCAUCAGAGAAGCAAUAACACUGCUGCAGUUGGAUACUGGAAGGGUCAUGUCAUUAAAUAUAUGUGAAUUUGGUGUGUUGCUGGGACUACCACGGAAGGAUGUCCAGGAGUGCCUUUUUGAACUUGAAAAUGCUGAAGAUGUUCAUCAACUUGCUGCAGUGAUACACACAUUUGUGGAAAAAACCAACAAUACUGAGAGACUGAGACAAAAGAUGGCUUCUGUUAACCUCAAUCGUUUGCAACUGUCAUGGAGAGCACAUUUGUUGCUAGAACUUCUUCAAAGUGGCUUAGCUGAUUGUCAUUGCUGUGAAGACGUAAUGCCACAGCUCAGCAAUAUCUGCCUUUUCAUUGUGAGGGACUGCCUGGCUGAAAGGGAAGCAGAUGCUUCCGAAGUACCAACCCUGGAUAUUAUGGGAUGUCUCCAGAAGCUGGAAAGAAACAGAUGUGCAGACAUGAUGAUCUUUAGGGAAUUGGCUGAGCUAUGGAGCGAGGGAUCUUCUGAAAACUUCCAAAAAUGCGUUCCUUUGAUUGCUCAGCUCGUUAAAGACACUUUCCCCCAUGUGGAUACAAUGGAGUUCGAUACAGUUCUAAUACGAAAAGGUGUUUAUCAAUGCCAUCCCCGAUCGCUUAAGCGAGUUGCCAGCUUCAAAGGACUUCCAGUAAGAAUCAUUCAGAAGGUUAUUCAGCCCAAAACUAUGAUGUCAUUCCUAUCAGAGGAAAUAACAAGCUUUGGAAACCAGGAGCUGAUGGAUGAAGAAUAUGCACAACUAUGCUUGAAAACAUUAAACAUUCUUCAGAGGGUCCAGGACUAUCAGUCCAAUAAGUUGCCAACAAAAUGCAAUAGACAAUUGGACAAAAAAGAAGUUGCAAUAGAAAUCAGGAGACUUUUGACAGCUGAAGAUUUCAGGUGGAAUUCCUUUGAUUCAGGCAUGAGGGCCCGGCUUCUGUCACUGGUUGACUUUGAGCCCCUCUCCUGCAAAAGGCUUUUGUUUCUGAAACUUCAUUAUGACACCUUCCUUUCUUUAGCAGCGUAUUUGAAGUCUAAUGAACGGCAGUAUUUCCAGUUUGUUUUUGAAGAGGUUCACAUGUACCAGUGUAAUGUGGAGAUGCGUGGGGUGCGCAGUGUACGAGAUCCUGUGACAAUAGAUGGGGGAAUGGAGGAGGUUUUCCAGUUUUCCACCUCCGACCGUGCUUCCUUUUUGGUCCAGGUUCAUUGCAGAGGCUAUGUAGACGGUCAAUAUUUCAUGUGUAACCAACCGCUCCUGUACAAGCUGUCCAAUGUAUCCAGCAAUUUGCAAGAAGAGACUAAAAAAGUUGGUACAAUAAUUGCCAAACAAGCUGGCACGACUUGGGUACGUGAAAAUCCUGAUGGAGGGUUGAAAGAAAUUGCAGAGAGAAUAACGCAGAGUUCCAUUGGAAAUGUAGAAAUGGGAAGUUGCUGCUUCCUCAUCAAUUCAUGGGGCGUUGAUUGUGGAAUCAGGAUCCUUUACAAGGAUGACAAAAUCUUCGCAACAGCAGAAUGGAAUGCUGAUGUUUGCUGACCUCUGAAUUGGUGUCAAAAUUGCAGUACCCCACUUCCCUGGCUGCAGGGUGUAUUUUGAUAUGAGAUUUUACUGCCAUUUUCACCCAGUUUACUGCUCAAUGAGCAUGUGAUAAGCAGCCAAAUUAGUUUGGAAACAUUUGGCUAGAAGUAUCGUCACCGAGAGAGUCAGGUAACAGCAACAUGACCUAAUAAAGCCCAUUACAGUGCCAGGCUUUCACAGACCUUCUGCAACAAGAGCAUCUAUAUUCCAUUGCAUUGCCAUUGCUGAGUCAUACAUCAUUGACAUCUCAAGAUCAUUAAACAUUAAUUCCCUCUAAUACAAUGCAGCUGCAGUAUAGUCACCUGCAAAAUGCACUGCAGUUACUUGCCUGAGCUAGCCUGACAACUCCUUUCAUACCUGUACAAUAAUUUUAGUUUAGAGAUAUAUCAUGAAACAGGCCUUCAGUUGACCGAGUCCAUGCUGACCAUCAAAUGCCUAUUUACACCAGUUCUAUGUAUCCCACUUCCGCAUCCAUUCCCUCCAUACUAGGGGCAAUUUUACAGAGGCCAAUUAACUUACAAACCUGUACAUCUUUGGGAUGUAGGAAAAAACCUGUCCCCCCAGGAAACUCAAGCGGUCACAUGAAGAACGUGCAAACUUCACACACCCGAGGUCAAGAUCGAACCCGGGUCUCUGACAUAGUGAAGCAGCAGCUCCACCAGCUGAGCACAAAAAGACAAGGGUGGCAGAUGCAUGGAAAUGUCAACAGCUGCAAUAAUA